AUGCCUCGUCUCGCGUACAAGUCUGCUAUCGUCACAGGAGCCGGCUCCGGCAUCGGGAUGGAAACCAGCAUCCUGUUCGCGUCUGAGGGCGCGAACGUCCUCCUCGUCGACAUCAACCUCGAAGCCGCAGAGAAAGUCGCCACUCUGAUCUCAUCGCGCUUCCCGAAUGUGAAGGCGAUUGCUACCAAGGCCGAUGUCGGGAAGGAGGAGGACAUCAAGGCUGCCGUAGAUAAGGCUGUUUCCGAGUUCGGGCGUUUGGACGUUCUAUUCAAUAAUGCUGGCAUCAUGCAUCCAGCCGAUGACAACGCCCUGAACACGGAAGAGCGGAUCUGGGAUCUGACGAUGCAGAUCAAUGUGAAGGGCGUUUGGUGGGGUAGCAAGUACGCCAUACUCGCGAUGCGCAACAACUCUACCGAUGAGUCCAAGGGUCUGCAUGUCGGUGGUAGCAUCAUCAACACGGCCAGUUUUGUUGGCACACUCGGCGCGGCAACACCGCAGAUCGCGUACACGUCCUCGAAGGGCGCGGUUCUCGCCAUGACACGCGAACUUGCGAUGAUUCAUGCUCGCGAAGGUAUCCGCGUCAACAGUGUUAGCCCUGGCCCUCUCAAGACGCCUCUCCUCAUGGACUUCCUGAACACCGCGGAGAAACGGGACCGGCGCAUGGUUCACCUUCCCAUGGGCCGCUUCGGCGAGGCGGUUGAGAUCGCCAAGGCAGCCCUGUUCCUCGCCACGGACGAGAGCAGCUACAUGACGGGUACCGAUCUCAAGGUCGACGGUGGCCUGACAUCGGCGUAUGUGACCGCCCUGGGCGAGCCAGUCCUGCCGCCGCCGUCGAGCCUUGCUGCAUAG